CAGCAGGAGGAGGAGGAGGCGGGUGUUGGUGGUGGAGCAGGAGGAGGAGGAGGCGUGCCCGGGCUCUGCGCAUGUGCGCCCGUGCGGGUUGGGGUGAGGGUGGUGGUGGUGGUGAGACACAGCCGCGUCCCGCCAUGUACAAGCUCAAGUCGACUCAGAAGGAGAAAGUGCGUCAGUUCAUGGCGUUCACGCAAACGAGUGAAAAAACGGCCAUCGCCUGCCUCGCGCACAACGACUGGAAGCUGGAGCUGGCCAUCGACAACUACUUCCAGAACCCCGACGUCUACUACAAGGACAGCGUCAAGAGCUCCGUGGACAGGAAGCGACUGGAGCAGCUCUACAACCGCUACAAAGACCCGACGGACGAGGAGAAGAUCGGCAUCGAUGGCGUGCAGCAGUUCUGCGAGGACCUGCGCCUGGACCCGGCGAGCAUCAGCGUCCUCGUGGUGGCGUGGAAGCUGCGAGCGGCCACGCAGUGCGAGUUCUCCAAGAAGGAAUUCCUCGAGGGCAUGACAGAGCUCGGGUGCGACAGCGCGGAGAAGCUGAAAGCGCUGCUGCCGCGGCUGGAGCAGGAGCUUCGAGACCAGGUCCGGUUCAAGGAUUUCUAUCAGUUCACCUUCAACUUCGCCAAGAACCCCGGGCAGAAGAGCCUCGAUCUCGACAUGGCGAUCGCGUACUGGAAUUUAAUACUCGCCGGCAAGUUCAAAUUUCUAGACUUGUGGAACAAAUUUUUGCUAGAACAUCACAAGCGCGCCAUCUCACGGGACACGUGGAACCUGCUGCUUGACUUCAGCAACAUGAUCGCAGACGACAUGUCCAACUACGACGAGGAAGGAGCCUGGCCCGUCCUCAUCGACGACUUUGUAGAGUACGCGCGACCCGUGGUCUCAAAACCGCGGCGUACCAUGUUUUGAGUUUUGGCGGAAAAUGACAGCCCUCUUCUGGCGGAGAGUCGGAUACCCGAGAGAAAGAGUGGGGGGGGGGGGGGAAGGAGAAUUUGUUUUACGUCUGUUUUUAAAUUACAGCACAAAACACAAAAAAAGAGAGAAUUGUAUUUCAUAAAAUAUCAACAGAAUUGCCAAUAUUGUGUGCAUAUGAUGAUAAUUAAAAAACAGAGAUAGUUUAGUUUCUACCAAGAGUCUAACAACGACGAGGGGGGUUGGGGCAGCGUUGGACCGAGAGUUUGCUAUGAAUUUGCUCAUCACGCGUGGCCCCCGUGCCGGGACCGCGAGCACGAGAAUCGAGCUGGGCCGGCGCCUGCGGCUCACGCGGCCGGAGGCUCCCCCAGAUCACCGCUGCCGCUAGGGACGAGCAGCUCCCACACAAAAAGCUCUAUCGUUUAUUUCAACGCGACGUUUAAAAUCGCCCGCUAAUGUAUCGAUCGCGAGUUACUUAUUUUUUUUUCCAUUGAUGAAAUAGCCCGAUAUUCGAGUUUGUUUUAAAGAAAUCGUCCGAGAGAUAAAUUAUGUUACCCCGCGAGAAUCGUGUUGUCGCAAUCGGGUCGCCGCCUGCCUGGCGAAAUCUAACGUCGCAAAGUACGAGUAAAUCACGAGUCGGAAACAAACGCUUCACUGGACGUCCGGAGACUUAGGGCCACGACACCGCCCGGCGCAGUGGCGAACAUCUCGUGGACGACCCUUGCCUCCGAUAACGAUCUUUGGAGUCGAAUCCAUCUUCCAGGGUCCAACUGUGAAAGCCGUACCCUCGUACGACAAAAGGCCCUCCUCCAAACGAGCGGAGACUUGCAGCUCGUUCUCCACGAUACGAUCAGUCGUUUAAGCUUUUGCUGCUUUUACCUGCGGUGGGAUGAACUUCUCGCGAGCACGUGCAGCCGCCAUCCUUUUGCUGUCCCCCUGUUUGCCACGUAAAUGCGGCAGGGUCGUGGGUCGUUCUGACCCGAGCUCCCACCCACGCCGUCCACCUUCUCAUUUCAUCUUCCAUGCUGUCGCAAGCGUCCAUCCGCCCUCCUCGUCCCUGGCAGUGACACGUGUGUGCGCGCGCUCCCGCUUCGCGACAUCGGCCGCACGGACCAGGCCAGACAUUCGGGAUUUGCUCUGUGCGUCCGCACCGUCUCGAGGGAUGCGAGAACGAUCGUCUCGGACUGCAGCGCGAGAUGGAGCGGCUCGGCUCGGCUGAAAACCCGGGAGGGUAAACGAGACUCUGUCCCGUGGCCUCUUCGAAAGAGAGAAAGCGCAGCGAUUGCAGUUGCUUACUUAGGCCGACGUCUUGUCGCCGUGGCGCAGAUCCGUUGACCGUUUAAUUUCAAAGCUCGUUUGAAUUCCCUUGUUAAACAACAAAAGAGAAGGCGACCAUUGCUGGGGCCGCCGAGAGGUUCCUGGAGGCCCGGGUAGAAUGCCACGUCGGGGAAGCAGCCCCCUUGUCCGUUGGCGUGCAUUAAAGAGGCCCGUUGUGGGGCCCUCUUGGGUGCGAGACCCCCCGGGGGAACGUCGCCCCAUUUGCCCGCCCCACCUCCUCCAGGCUGGGCCACCCCGACGAUAUCAACCAACAUUUAAGUGGCGGUGCUCGAGAGGGGGGUGGCAGUAAUUCAAUGGCCAAUUCUCACCAAUAGUGAAGCCUGCUGCGGUGUGCGAGACAUUUACAUUGGGUUGACAUUGUGUGUAUAUACAUUAACUUAACAAACAAACAAAAACUGUUCACAAAGAAAUGCUUGUGGCAACAAAGAUGACUGCUGCGUGAAGAUGAUGUACAGUUUGUGGAGUGAGAUGAUCGAUUAUGUAAAUGCAUCUUACGGGAGCCAAGUGUCUGGGGGCAGCACUGGCGUCGCGGGGAGCGGUGUACGACGUGCCGGCGUGGCGAGGGAUUGGCGGCGCAAGGGUUUACUCUGUGCACUUUCCAUUAAAGAGUGUUGCGAA